AUGAUUGACUCUCCAGUCUCCAACCCGAGAGCCAAGGGACUAGUAUUCAGUUCGCAAGAUUUGUCAUUCAACCUCCAGUCAUUCAAAAGGCUUCACAAUCAGCUUCAAAGUCACCAAUGGGCUCUUGAUGUUCUCGCCAUCCUUCCAAAACUUUGGGAUGACUUUGCCGCCAGUAACCCGACAGCACCGCAAUCCGGCAACGUCACCCUGCUCCAGGGCUUGAAUACAUGGAUUUCCAACGGGACUGCGCCCGAGAGGGCGUUUCCUUUGCCAAACGUGCUGCUUUCCCCGCUCUCAGUCCUUGCCCAGUUGGUGGAAUAUCUCGCAUUGCUCAAGGCAGCAUUUCCAGAUCUAGAAGACAGGGAUGACCUGCCCAGGUGCCUUUCAGAAGGCACAGAGACGUUCGGUCUCUGCACCGGCACUCUUAGUUCCUUUGCAGUAGCCUGUGCUUCCAAUGUAGCCGAUAUCCAGCAUUACGGCGCAUCCGCUGUAAGGUUGGCUAUGUUGGCCGGAGCCAUUGUUGAUGCCGAAGAGGCGUUGUUCGAGCCAGACCAGAAGGCAAUGAGCAUUUCAGUGUCAUUGAGCGGUGAAUCUUUUGCCCCCAUUCUCGAGUCAUUCCCUGAUGCAUAUGUAUCCGUUGUUGUUGACCUGAAGCGGGCCACUUUUACAACACCCAGGGUAACGGGCCCAGCUCUGGUUGAGCGGUUGAAACAAGAUGGCGCUCAUGUCACCUCCAUUGCGCUUGCGGGACGAUUCCACUGGCAGAAACAUCAGGAUGCCGUUUCUGGUCUCCUUCGGUUUUGUGCACUAAAUCCAAAUCUCCAGUUGCCCGAUGCGUCCAAGAUGUUGCUGCCCACUCGAUCCAGCGCCAACGGGCAGUACAUCACCACUGGGAAGCUCCACGAGCUGGCUUUGCAGAUAGUCCUCUUGGAGCCGUCUCAGUGGUACGAGACAUGUCGCCUUGCCUACUCGUCCAAGUUCAUCAUGGACGACGCAGCAGUGGUUUGUUUCGGAGCAGAACGGUGCCUGCCCCCGACCAUUGCACGAAAGCUUGGUUCACGUCUGAUAUAUGCAUGCGAACUGGAUGUCCCAUCAUCGCCAGUACCUGCGCAGCUUCUCGGUGGAACAAAACCACUGAAUCUCGCCAACCUCCCCGAUGACCGCAUCGCUGUCAUUGGAAUGGCGUGUCAUCUCGCGGGUGCCGCAGACCACGAGGAAUUCCUGGAGAUCCUGAAACAGGGUCGGUCACAGCACCGAGAGGUGCCUGAAGAUCGCUUUAGCAUGGCGACAGCCUGGCGAGACGCGGGAAAACGCAAAUGGUACGGCAACUUCCUCGACAAUGCGGACACGUUCGAUCACAAGUUCUUCAAGAAGAGCCCCCGUGAAAUGGCCUCCACGGACCCCCAGCAGCGUCUGAUGAUGCAGGUGGCAUAUCAGGCUGUCGAGAACUCCGGUUACUUCGGAAACAAAGAUGUGAAUCCCCGUAUUGGGUGCUUUCUGGGAGCCGGAAAUGUCGACUACGCAGACAACAUUGCGUGUUACCCGGCCAAUGCGUAUUCGGCCACAGGCAAUUUGAAAUGCUUUCUUGCUGGCAAGAUCAGCCAUCAUUUCGGCUGGACAGGACCAAGUAUGACCCUCGACACUGCGUGCUCCUCAUCCAGUGUGGCGAUUCACCAGGCAUGUCGGUCCAUCCUCAAUGGAGAAUGUAACGGGGCCCUCGCCGGAGGGGUCAACAUUCUGACGAGUCCCGACUGGUAUCAUAAUCUGGAUGCCGCAUCCUUUCUGAGCCCUACCGGUCAAUGUAAACCCUUCGAUUCCAAGGCAGAUGGGUAUUGUCGUGGUGAAGGUGUGGGCGCUGUGUUCCUAAAACGGUAUUCCUCUGCCGUCGCCGAUGGUGACCAAGUGUUUGGUGUGAUUGCAGGCACCAAGGUGUAUCAGAAUCAGAAUUGCACUGCCAUCACUGUACCCAACGCGAUCUCUCUCUCAGAGCUCUUCAGGGAUGUUGUACAUCAAGCCAGACUGGAGCCGAGAGACGUCACUCUCGUUGAGGCCCAUGGAACAGGAACCCCCGUGGGGGAUCCGGCCGAAUAUGAUGGCAUUCGUUCUGUCUUUGGAGGUCCUAUACGGUCUGACGUGCUGUCGCUCGGAUCUGUAAAGGGCCUUGUUGGUCACACUGAAUGUGCUUCAGGUGCGGUCUCCUUGAUAAAGACCAUCCUCAUGAUCAAUGAGGGCUUCAUUCCUCCUCAAGCCAGCUUCUCGAGCAUCAACCCUACCCUUAAUGCGAAAUAUGAGGAUAGGAUUGAGAUAUCAACCCGCCUCAAGACGUGGGAGGCUCCUUUCAAAGCGGCCCUCAUCAACAACUAUGGGGCUUCUGGAUCCAAUGCCUCCAUGAUCGUGACACAGGCCCCAACACUGACGGGAGGCCCCUCAGUGUCGCUGCCGGAGAGAAGCUAUCCAUUCUGGAUCAGUGCCUUUGAUCAACAAAGCCUGCGAAACUACGUUAAGCAGCUGCGACGAUUCAUCCAGAGAGUCCCGGAAGACAAGAGAACAAGCGUGGCAAAUCUUUCCUUCCAGGUUGCUCGUCAAUCUAACCGGAGUCUUCCACAGGCCCUGAUAUUCAGUGCCAGCACCAACGAGGAACUGAACAGGAUACUUGAAUCCUUUGAGAAUGGCAGCGCACAUGUCCCGUCUUUCCAACGCCGUGAUCCGAAGCCAGUCAUCCUAUGCUUUGGUGGACAGGUUUCCACCCAAGUUGGGUUGGAUCAAGAGGUCUAUAACAGCAACGCCAUCCUCAGACAUUACCUCGAUCAGUGCGAUGCCACUGCGCUUUCGCAGGGUCUGGCAAGCAUCUACCCAGCUAUCUUCCAACGGUCCCCUAUUGAGGAUAUCAUCCAGCUUCAAACCGUUCUGUUCGCGAUGCAGUAUUCCUGCGCCAAGGCGUGGAUUGAUAGCGGCCUCGGCGUUGCCUCCCUUGUUGGACACAGCUUCGGUGAACUGACAGCUCUUUGUGUCUCCAAUGCCGUGUCCUUGCACGACGCUGUCAAGAUGAUAUCUGGUCGAGCUCGCCUCAUCAAGGAACGCUGGAGUGCCGACAAAGGAUCGAUGAUGGCUGUCGAGGCGGAUCUCACGGAUGUGAAGUCCUUGAUAGCUUGGGUAAACCUACCAGGGCUUACUAUCGCCUGCUACAAUUCCCCCAGAAGCUUCACAUUGGCAGGGUCUACGGAAGAGAUAGAGCAGGUCGAGAUCGUGCUGAGGAAUGACCCAGUCUUCUCUGGAAUGAGAGCAAAGAGGCUGACUGUCACCAACGCCUUCCACUCAGCGCUCGUGGACCCAUUGAUGGAUGAACUGGAGACUCUGGGUCAAGACAUCAAGUUGACGCAGCCAACGAUCCAUCUCGAAAGAGCAACAGAGCAGGACGAGUCCACCAAACCCUUGAAUGCCAACUAUGUGGCCAGCCACAUGAGAAAGCCCGUGUAUUUUGCCCAAGCCGUGAAGCGGUUGGCAAAUAGAUUCCCUACUGCCCUGUGGUUAGAGGCUGGAUCCAACUCCACCAUCACCACCAUGGCUAGUCGGGCUCUGGGGACAUCCAACUCAUCUUCUUUCCACGCGGUCAAUAUCACCAGUGAGGGUGCAUUCCGGUUCCUCUGCGACACGACCGUCAACCUCUGGAAGGAAGGCCAGAAUGUCAGCUUCUGGCCUCACCACCGCAUGCAGACAUCCGCGUACAAACCGGUCCUGUUGCCCCCGUACCAGUUCGACAAGUCGCGCCACUGGAUGGACCUGAAGGUCCCUCCCAAGCUUGAGAAUGAGCCACCGGCAGUGAUGGAGGCACCCAAGGGCUUGACCACUUUCGUCGGGUACCAAGACGCAUCGCAGCGCGCGGUGCGGUUCAGCGUCAAUGUCACGUCAGACAAGUAUAUCCGGCUCGUCUCCGGCCAUAUCAUGACCAACACAGCCGCUGUCUGUCCCGGGAUGUUCCAGGUGGAAAUCGCGCUGGAUGCCUUGAUGAGCCUCCGACCAGAGCUCCAGGCCCGUCGCUUCAUCCCAGAGCUGAACGGCAUCAGGUAUUAUCAGCCCCUGGUGCAGAACGACUCCCGCGCCGUCUGGAUCGAAGCAGAGUCGACCGACGCAGACAGCCUGGUCUGGGACUGGAGGUUGACGGCAUCGAACGACAAGGGAAGCCAUUCCGUCACCCACACCUCAGGAACCAUCACCUUCCAGCCACCGGACAGUGUGUCCGUCAAGACAGAGUUUGAGAGACUGACCCGUUUGAUCGGCCGCAAGCGGUGCCAGCAGCUCCUGGAUGGCAACAUGGCGGACGAUGUCCUGCAGGGCCGCAACAUCUACCGUGCCUUUUCAGAGGUGAUUGACUACAAAGAGGUCUACCGCCAUGUCACGAAGAUCGCGAGCAGGGAGAACGAGUGUGCGGGAAGGAUCGUCAAGCCGAAUGACGGAGAGACAUUGCACAGCACUAUCCUGACUGACUGCUUCUUUCAAGUGGCAGGAAUCUUUGUGAAUCUCAUGACGAGCCAGACCGAUCUAUCAGAGACGGGGAUAUUCAUCUGCGACGGGAUUGAUCGGUGGUUGCGAGCCCCUGAAGUCUCAAAGGAUGUCCCCAGUGAAGUCUAUGAGGUCUUUGCUCUGAAUCACUCUGAAUCGGGGGCUAAAUAUGUCAGCGAUGUGUUUGCAUUCGAUGCUCGCGAUGGGUCACUGGUUGAAGUCGCUCUGGGGAUCAGCUACCAGAAGGUUCCCAUCCAGGGUAUGCGCAGGGUCCUAUCGAAGAGUAUCCCAGCCGGGCUUCAAUCAUCCCCUGAAAAGGCUUCAUCCCCUGAAAAGGCUUCAUCCCCUGCAAAGGCUCCCACUAAGACCAUCACUCCCACCAUUCCUCCAUUGAUGAAUGCUUCACCUACUAACAGGAUGAACAAUACGGCGACAAAUACACUCAAGACACCCAAAGUAGACAUCUCCAAGACCAUGCGCGACAUCAUCUGCAACCUCUCCGGUCUGGAACCAGACGAGGUCAAGGACAGCUCUGACUUGGUGGAAAUUGGAAUUGAUUCACUGAUGAGCAUGGAGCUGGGCCGAGAGAUUGAUCUGGCCUUCAAGAUCAGCAUCGACGUCGGCCAGUUGAUUGAUUUGACUGACUUUCGGAGUCUGGUGGAAACCAUUGGGGGUAUCCUGGGCCAGGACAAUCAGGAAGACGCGAACGGGGUCGAAGAUGAGAACAGACGUGAAGGAACUGUGACAACCAGCAACGGUUACCAUGUCAAUGGGACUAAUGGCAACGGGGUCUCCUGUCCAGAUGGAACCUUUGCCCUCUCAGAAUCUGCAGUUCUCGAGUCUUUCCGAAUGGCAAAAGAGGCCACCGAUAAUUUUAUACUCAAGGGCCAACUGGCCACAUACUGCCACGACGUCGUGCCACGGUCGACUGCGCUCUGUGUGGCCUAUAUUAUCGAUGCCUUUGAACAGCUUGGGUGUCCGAUACGCAGUGCCGCAGCAGGGCAGAGACUCGAACGUGUUUCGUAUCUUUCACGACAUGAAAAACUCAUCAAUUUGAUCUAUGGACUCCUGGAAGAAGCCGGAUACAUCGACAUCCAUGGGUCUGAGAUCACCCGAACGGCCGUGUCGGUUCCCAGGAAGGCCGUGGAUGAAAUGCUGGAAGCACUGCUUCAUGAUGAGCCUGUCCAUGCCGCCGAACAUAGGCUGGUAGCUCUCAUUGGGCCUCAUCUUGCAGACUGUCUCAUUGGCAAGGAAGAUGGGCUUCAAAUCAUUUUUGGGUCCCCCGAAGGCAGGGAGAUUGUCACCGAUGUCUAUGCCAAAUCCCCCAUCAACGCCGUCUGGGUCCAGCAGGCGGAAUUCUUCCUCGAGCAUCUCAUCAACAAACUCCCCAACACUGGAGAGCCGCUGCGUGUUCUUGAAAUGGGCGCUGGCACGGGAGGGACCACCGUGAGGAUGGUUGCGCUGCUGGAUCGUCUGGGCGUGCCCGUCGAAUACACCAUGACGGACCUUUCCUCCUCGCUCAUCGCCGCAGCCCGCAAACGAUUCAAGCAAUAUCCGUUCAUGAAGUUCAGGGUUGUGGACAUCGAGUCUCCGCCGGAUGCAGACUUGUUCCACAGUCAACAUAUCAUCCUGGCUACGAAUUGCGUUCAUGCGACCCGGAACCUGGAGAUCUCCACGCGAAACAUCCACAAUCUGCUACGACCCGACGGCUUCCUCCUUCUGUUGGAGCUCACUGAAUCGAUGCCGUGGAUGGAUUUCAUCUUUGGCUUGCUGGAAGGGUGGUGGUUGUUUGAAGACGGCCGCCAACAUGCCCUGCAAUCCCCAACCCACUGGAAGAGAGUCCUCACCUCCGUGGGAUAUGGCCACGUUGACUGGACUGACGGUGCUCGUCCAGAGACCAACCUCCAGCGCAUUAUCAUUGCUCUUGCGUCUGGACCCAGGUAUGAUCGUGAUUCUGCGCCCCAGUCACUCGCGCCGGUGUCAUUGACAGAUGUCGCAGGGCGCCAGGGGAUCAUUGAUACAUACGUCCAUGAAUAUACCAAGGACUUCCACUCCCUCCCCAUUCCUGGAUUGCAGGAACCCGUUCUGCCCGAUCUCCCAGGGCACUGUGUGCUUGUUACUGGCGCCACGGGGAGUCUCGGCUCCCACAUCGUGGGCUAUCUCGCGAGUCUUCCUACUGUCCACAAGGUGGUCUGUCUGAAUCGACGGAGUACAGUGCCUGCGACCAUUCGCCAGGAAGAAUCUCUCAGGGUCCGAGGGAUCUCCCUUGACGGCGAAUCUCGGUCGAAGCUGGAAAUCCUUGAAGUCGAGACAGCGAGGCCGUUGCUUGGGCUCCCAGCGGAGACGUACCAGAGGCUCGUCAACACUGCAACGCACAUCGUUCACAACGCCUGGCCGAUGAGUCUCACCAGGGCUGUCAGAGGCUACGAGAGCCAGUUCAGCGUGAUGCGGAACCUCAUCCAUCUUGCACGAGAAGCCGCUGCACGCCGGCCGGCACCAUUCAAGUUUGGCUUCCAGUUCAUCUCAUCAAUCGGGGUUGUCGCCUACUACCCGCUCUGCUACGGAACCAUCCGGGUGCCCGAAGAGGCGAUGAGGGCUGAAAGCGCUCUGGCAGUUGGAUACGCCGAGGCAAAGUUGGUGUGCGAACGCAUGUUGGACGAGACGCUGCAUCGGUAUCCGGAUAGAUUCCGCCCCAUGGCAGUCAGGAUCGCCCAGAUCUCUGGCUCAACAAACAGCGGGUACUGGAAUCCAAUCGAGCAUUUUGCUUUACUCGUCAAGUCGUCUCAGUUCCUCAAGGCUUUCCCAGACCUUGAUGGAACCCUCUCGUGGUGUCCGGUCGACGAUGUGUCUUCGACACUGGGUGAGCUGUUGAUUUCCGAUACAAGGCCUUAUCGGAUCUACCAUAUCGAGAAUCCGUCGAGACAGCCAUGGCGGGAUGUGGUAAAGACGCUGGCCGAAUCUCUUGACAUUCCCCGAGAUAGCAUCAUUCCCUUCGACCAAUGGGUCGAACGAGUCCGAAGCUCGUCCUCUUCACUCAACGACAACCCGGCGCAGCGAUUGGCGCACUUCUUUGGUCAGGAUUUCAUCCGGAUGUCCUGUGGUGGUUUGAUAUUGGACACAAGCAAGACAAGAAAGCAUUCGGCAACCUUGCGGAAGAGGGGGCCUGUAGACGCGUGGUUGGUGGAGAAAUAUAUUUCAAUGUGGAAGUCCAUGGGAUUUCUAGAUAAAGCAUAA